UUGUCUGAUAAUGAAGUUGAGGAUCUCCCCCAAGAAAUCUUCAGCAAUCUGACAAAUCUCAAAACGCUGUAAGUCAACAACAAAAACAAAUGAAUAAUCAAAACAAAACAAUUAAACGAACGACAAUAAAAAAAUCUUUUCUCUGAAAUUUGUAUAGUUGUAAAACUUUCUCCAUUUCUGCGUGAAUUUAAAACACAAAAUGAAUAGAAGUUUUGAACUUGAAAUUGACUUUUCGUUAAAUGUUAUCAAUCCGUAUGUCUUUCGACUUAAUCUAAUUAAACCUGUUCAUUAAAACGUGUCUCACCGAAUGAGUGCAAAACAUAUAUCUGUGUAUCAUAGAGAUAUGUAAGGAUAUCGUUAUUUGGAUCUUACCAGUUGCCGCCAUAAUCUACGGGAACUUUCUGCUUUGCAGAUAAACGUAGCGUGUGGUUAAUUAUUUUAAUAUUGCAGGCUUUUGUCCAACAAUCAAAUAAGAGCUUUACCGCCAACGAUUUUUGCUAACCUAACCAAGGUGGAGAAAAUGUGAGUAGCGAUGGAUAGUUUGCAUGACUGAAUAAUUGUAAGAGAGAAUUAUCCUCUCUAGUUAAUUAAUAAUCGAUUGAUCGAUCGAUGAUGGGGAAUUUGAAUUUUGGAGUAAAAAAAAAACAGACAAACAAGAAAGGAAACGAAAACAGUUACAGAAAAUUUCAAAAGAUACCCAAUGUAAAGUACGAAGAUAUAGUUGUUUAGGGGGACUUUCUAAGAAUUGCUUUUCAAUUCGUUAAUUUUGGCGUUACUGAGGUCAAACACAAAUUAAUUUAAUUUUAUACAUUGUCAAAAGUAAUCAAAGAUUGCUCUCGUUUUACUUUAUUCCCUCUAUGAUUAAUCUUAAAACCUGUGCCACCCUCUCAACCAAUCGCACACCAAACUAAAACCAAUCGCCACUUGAUCACUCGCGUUUCCGGCGCCUUUAGCCUGGUGCCUGGAUUGUGUGUACCUUUAAUGUAGACUGAAUCCAUAAUCUCCCUUUGCUUUGAUUUGUCCUUGUGAUCCACUCAGGCUCUUGCUUUUGGACACUCAACCGAAGGUUACACGUAGUACUGACCGCUGAUAUUACAUUCAACUUUUAAAUGAAAAGAAAACUUGCCAAGAGCAUAUCUAUGAUUUGCAAUUCAACAGAAAAAUUGAAAAUAAUAAUUUAAAGGAGCUGCAACCUAAACAGUUUCGGGGACUGGUAAAGCUGAAUGAACUGUGAGUAGUUCAUGAACAUUUAUGUAUCGCACAAGUUUUAAAUCUAGGCAUCUAUCAAAAGCGAAAAUGUCCUAUCGUGCUGGUAGCAUAACUUGGCCUAAAUGUUAAAUUUGUUCAUUACUGCAAGUGGAAAAAUGCCCACUCCGAUCUAUCUUCCCAUAUUUUUAAGACAUUGUUUUAUUUCCCGGAAUUCCUGAUUUUAAUUUAUGAUGAGGGUCUGUGUAGGUUCCUUUUCUUGGUGCUGGCGAUUUUUGUAUAAGAUGGGCCGGUUUGGACUAGUGGCUUUUCAGUACCAGGUAUAUUUUGUCAUACAACCUUGGACAUUUUGCAGUUUAUGCACUGACGAUGCUCCAUAACAGAAAUCUCCUGAUUUCUAGACUAUCAAUUAUCUUUCUCCAUACAUUUCUCGUAAUUAUAUCGCAAUAUUCUCAUAAUCUCUUUCCUACUUAUGAAAACAAUUACUAAUGUCCAGUUCUUUAAUCCGUUAUGUUCAACAUUCAUUUCAUUUCUUCCUUUCUUCUUCAUUAGCUAUCUAUCGGGAAACAAACUCAGAUACCUCCCACAAGGAAUUUUUAAAGGCUUAAAGCAGCUAUUGAUUAUGUAAGUAAACUAUGAAAUUCAUUUGGUGAGUAAUGUGUUUUUGAAAUAACAUAUCAUGACAUUUGAAUGCAUUUAAUUUUACCUCUAGAUGAUCAUUUUCACAUCAAUGUCGAAACAUUGCACCUUUCCUGUUACUCUGUAUGAUUUUGUUGCACUUUAUUUUUGUUAGAGAAAUUGUUGAAAACGAAAUGACUCAGGUCUCCGUCGACAACUUCAAAGAAAUUAGACAGUUGAAAAUUCUGUGAGUUUUAUAAUUAAUCAAGUGAUGACCAAGUUGUGAGACGAACCUGGUUACCAUGAGGUGUUCAAACUAUUAAAAUAUAAUGGAAACACACCAAAACGAUGCUUUUGUCGUGAAAGCUUCUCACCUUAUCUGUAACUCACCGGUAAAUACUUUCCUGCCAGCAGAUUGAUUAUUUGCUUAGAGGGAGUAAGUUUGUAGAGAUACUUUGGUGCUGCGUUAGUGUGGGAUAUUUCAAGAUAUUUGGUGUCAUUCCAUAUCAAAACUCUGAUUAGUUUAGAGCGUACAGUCAAUAUACAUAAGCGUGUGAAGUUGACAUGAUAACCGAUAUCUGCAUCAGGUAUUGGGUUAUCAAGUGAAGUUCAAAGUCUGACCAAUUGCCAAGCCCCUCGUCAGUGUAACGUCCUGAAACUUUUGUAAACUCAGAGAGAAAUGUCUUUUGCAGAGUGUUUUAAAAAUGUACAAUAAAACAGUGGUUGAAUUCGGUUUUCCCAUGAUAUCAUGGUUUCGGCGGGAAACUCAGACCUUAGCGUUAUGAUAUUAUCAUGGUCAAUCUCAUCCGAUAUUUAACUAUUAUCAACUGAGUUGGUGAUGGCCAGUCUGAGGAGCCUCAAAAGCUGACGUCUUGAGCAUUAACCCUUCGUCUAAGAAUGGAGGAAUUGUAAACUGUAAGUGGUUUAUAUAAAGGAAAAAGAAGCUUCGCGAUUAGAGGGAACCUGGCAACGAGAUAAACAAGAAUAAAAUAGUUAAAUGAAAAAAAGACUUCGUUGACACUGUUGGAAUUAAGAGAACCUAUUUGAAAGAUUAAUUUUUGUUGUGGAGUUUUGCGGCUUUUCAUUAUUAUAUUUUUAUCUAUUAAUUUUUAAUUUCCAGGUAUAUGCAGUACAACAAGAUGAGGGAGAUUCCAUCUGGUUUUUUCGAUGUAUUGAAGGAUAUACUGCGAGUGUAAGAUUUUGAAAAAUUCAUUCGCAAAUUUUUUGUUUUUGAGCAAAGCUAUAUAUUCUGAGUAGACAACAUGUUAGAGACAUUCAAGCUAAGUUUUUGAUAUGAGUAUUGAAGACUCGAAUUCUUAAAAAAAUGUUUUGUACAAGUCCAUGGAUAAGUCCUGCCAUCAGUUUCUGAUAUAUCUUAAAAGCAACCUUUUGUCGACAAGGUCUAUAAAACUUAAUGAAAUAACUUUCCUGACCGGAUGAUAUUUUACAAUUGUAGGAGUUUUGACACAAAUCUGAUGUGUUGUCAUUUGCACAAGCAGGACGCCGACUGUGCUUUCACAUACAACGACGACUUUGCCAACUGUGAGAGCAUGUUUAAGAAUUCUGCCCCAAGAAAGAGUAUCUGGGCGAUAGGAAUCUUUUCUCUGGUUGGUGCAGUGUUUGUUAUCACUUGGCGAGUAAUCUUUAAAGAAAAGAACGUGGUACAGUCCAUCAUGUUGCUCCACUUAGCAGUGUCCGAUGGUUUGAUGGCUAUUUACCUGAUCUCUCUUGGCACUAAAGAUCUGUUGUGGAGAGGAGAGUAUUACUUGCAUGACUUCCAGUGGAGGUCUGGUUUGUCUUGUCAAAUAAUUGGAGCGAUCUCCCUUCUGUCAAGUGAGGUGUCGGUUAUGAUGAUGACACUGAUAUCUGCUGAUCGGCUUAAAAAUAUUGUGUUUCCUUACCAAGGUACUACUCUGAAACCAAAGGCAACACAUAUCCUGUGCAUCAUCAUAUGGGCAAUUGGCUUCCUUAUGGCCUUUUUGCCUAUGUUUGGUAUUCAGUAUUUUGAAGACCCAUUCAGGUACCAUAGUUACUAUGGUAGAAGUGUGGUAUGUCUGCCCUUGCAGCUUACUUCUGAUAAGCCGGCAGGUUGGGAGUAUUCUGUUGCUAUCUUUCUCGCUUUGAAUUUUGCUUUUUUCUUGUUCAUCACGGGUGCUUAUCUUAUGAUACUAGUCAAGUCUUACUUGUCUAGCCGGCGACUGGCCCGUCAGGGUACUGAAAGAGAGAUCCAGGCCAGAAGAGCAAACUUUAGGAGAGAAACGGCUCUUGCAAGGCGGGUGUUUUUCAUCAUCCUGAGUGAUUGUGUGUGCUGGAUGCCGGUGAUAGUGAUUGGUAUGAGGACCAUCAUCGAGAAGUCUUACAAAGCGCAAGGAGACCUCGCUGUCUGGAUUGCUGUGUUUGCCCUUCCGAUCAAUUCGGCCUUGAAUCCUAUCCUGUACACCUUUUCAACAGAACAGGUAAGUCAUGCGCUUUUAAUCCAUUAUAAGUAAUCAAGAUAAUAAAUUAGAUCCGUAAGUAGAUUAAUAAUGGUUAGUUACAGGAAGGGUAAUGGUUUUCAGCCGACUCGAAGCAGUGUAUAAUAUUGCUCAAGGCUGCUCUCUUUACUAGCAAUUGACAUUGACAAUGUUUUAAAAGCACUGCACAGCAGAAAUUCGUUAGUUUCUAUUUUUCAUCGGAGCCCAGUUAAAGGAAGUGAGCGAAAUCUCGAUUGCUUUUGGCUAUUGCGUAUCCAGGUCAGAGGCAUUCUGAAGAACAAAAUGGAAAAAGUCUGGAACUACUUGAAGACCGUUUUCACCUGCUGUGGUCGUGAUCAGGAAGGUACGAUGUAAUUAUCACAUAUUUGAAGAAGUAAAAAUACAGCUAACAGCUCCUAAUAAGAAAUAAACCGAACAACAGAGUAAACUAACAGAUUGCUGCAAAUAUAGUUAUUGACUGAUUCAUUCAGUCACUCGUUCAUAAAUCAAUUCACUCAUACAUGCAUGGAGGUAUUCAUUCGAUCAUUUAUUCACUCGUUCGCUCCUUCGUUCUUUUAUUGGUCGCUUCAUUUGUUGUACGAACUACUCGAUCAUUGACUUUUCUUCUUUUUUUUUCUUUUAAACGCCAAGGAGAUGGGGAGCAACCGAACCAACUGGGAAUAGAAGACAAUGAGCAACAAGGCGGCGAGGGAGGUAAAUCCUAACACCUAUUUCUGGAAGCAUGGUGAAAACUGUAAAUGAGGGAAAUAAAGGGCAAUCUGUGACUAAAAACAUUUUCUUAUAUCCUCUUCAUUUUUAGGAGAAGGUGAGGGUGAGCAAAUCGAACUGGUACAUGUUGGUGUGCACCAUCCCUUACUAGGUGGG